AUGAUAACAGUAAUUCAGCGAAUCCUUCCAUGGAGAAGGCCGCCUUGCACGAGGGCGAGAGAAGCUCCUCCAGCCGAGGUUAAGGGUUGUUAUAGUGACGGCGGCUCGUGUUCUCCCCCGACAGCAGUACAACACGAGCGAGGUCCUCGGAAGAGCAAGAACAAGGAAGGGGGGCUGGGAGGCCUCAGCAUGGGUCCCACCGGGGACCACUACCCUACCCAGGACGCCACCAAGCUGCCGCCCUUACUCUUCCCGCCGCCCCCGAUGCCCUCCCUCAAGCCCCACGCCCCCCAUAUGUUCCCCGAGGGUAUCCUGGCGCCCACACCCAUCUUUAUGCCGCACGUGCCCACCUCCCAGCCCCACGGCCUGCUCCACAUGCUGUCCUCGGCCGAAAAACUGCAGGGCGCGAACCCACCCAUUACCAGCGGGUCGAGCGGUAGCAGCCUGCAGGAGGUGGCUGUGUCCCUCCCGCAGGCUCCGUCGGUGCUGCCCUUCGCUCCUUCGUGGGAUAUCUUUCAGGAGACCACUGCGAGGCUGCUCUUCAUGAUGGUACGGUGGAUCAGAUCUCUCGCUCCCUUCCAGACGCUAUCGAGGUCAGACCAGUGUGUGUUGGUCGAGGAAUCUUGGAAGGAGCUUUUCCUCGUGCAUCUGGCGCAGUGGUACCUGCCCUUGGAUCUCAGCGCCCUGCUGCAGAGUCCGGCGGCUCACGCGAGGUUGGGCACGGACGAGCGGACGGCCCUGGAGGUGGCCACCAUCCAAGACGUGCUCAGAAGGUUCCGGCAUCUCAGCCCAGACAAUACGGAGUGCGGAUGCCUCAAAGCAGUUGUGCUUUUCAAACCAGAGGCGAGCGGGUUGGUGGACGUCCAUCCCGUGGAGAUGCUGCAGGACCAAGCUCAGUGCAUCCUCAGUGACUACAUCCGCACGCGCCUCCCUCGCCAGCCCACGCGCUUUGGUAGGCUCCUUCUACUUCUGCCGGGCCUUAAGACAGUCCGGGCGGCCACCGUAGAGGGACUCUUCUUCAAGGACACCGUAGGGGACACGCCAAUCCACAGGCUGGUGCUGGAUAUGUACACAAUGGACAAGAGUGACCAAGGGAGCGUAUGAGGAGAGACGACGACAUAAACUCAUUUGCCCGCCACGCACACAGAAAGCAUACAUAAGUAGGCAAAUGGACACACAUAUACAUAAUAUACAUAUAGAUGCGGCAAAAUAAAUACAUGGUUUGAAAUUAAUCUGAAAAUGACUUUAUCUGUCAACAAGGAACAAAAGCAGUAGAAUUAAUAUGGCCAAUAUAAAGAUAAUUGAAAAUCGAAUUCAGCAUAUUCAACAGACAGCCAUUGAAUGAAUCUUUUUUUUUUUGGGGGGGGCGGUGUAACAAUUAUAUGAACAUCAUUAAAGAUACAUGGUCCAUAACAUAUGAUAACAAACAAAUUCAAAGAAGGCCAACAUGUCCUCUCAUUAUUGUUACUAUUUCCCUUCUCUUAAGCUCUUUACAAUAACCGAAAUUUUUCUGAGCCACGUAAAGCGCAGUUUAGUCUUGCGGUG